AUGCUUCAUAGCAAGUCAUUUGUACGCAAAACUAAAAAAGGGUCUGUUAUCAAAGUCAUCAAAGAGCAUUAUCUACGAGAUGACCUGUAUUGUGGAGUACCCAAAUGCAAGCAUUGUCCUUCCACUCAGACAUUGCUCAGUCCAACUCCUCGCACUACAACAGUCGUUUCUAAACAGCACUAUGUAGUACCUGAUACAAAUAUUCUGUAUCAUCAGAUUGAUGUGAUGGAACACUCUGCAUUCGUUGAUGUGAUUGUCUUGCAAACAGUCCUUGAUGAACUUCGUCAUCGCAGCACUCCAGUUUACAAUCGUGUGAGAGCCUUGAUCAACGAACCUACCAGAAGAUUUAUUGUAUUUUGUAAUGAACAUCAUCGUGAAACAUUUAUUCAUCAAGAACCAAAUGAAACACCCAACGAUCGCAACGAUAGAGCAAUUCGAAAAGCGGUUGAAUGGUAUUCAUCACACAUCAAUUCCACCUAUGCUGUAGUUUUAAUCACAGAUGAUAGAGAUAAUCGUAACAAGGCUAUCGAGCAUGGUCUUUUGGCACUAUCGCUUCGUAAAUACGUCGAGUCUAUUCCAGGAUAUCCUGAACUUGUAGACAUGGUCUCAACUCGUGAAGAUGAGGAUGAAAAUACAAUGGAAGUGGAUAAAAAGUUUACGUAUACUGAACAUCUCUCACCCAUUCAACUAUCUGCUGGGUUUAAAUCUGGCGCGUUUCAUCAAGGCGUGCUUAAUAUUAGCACACACAACUUUCUUGAGGUGUGUAAGACGAUUGUGCAGAUUGUUGGUCGAGAUCACUUGAAUCGUGGUGUUCAGGGAGAUGUUGUUGCUCUCCAGAUUUUGCCCAAAUCAGAGUGGCUUGCUGGUAUAUCAUUAGUGAUUGAAGAAGAGGUGGUGGAAGCAGACGAUACAAAUCAAGCCGUGGCUGUUAAAACUGAUAGCAUGAUUUUGGAAAAUAACAAGUUACUGGCUUCGACUGAACCCGAAAGCACGGCUAAACCUACGGCUCGUGUUGUGGGUAUUAUCAAGCGCAACUGGAGACCAUUUUGUGGCACUAUUGAGUCCACUACUGUUCAGACUGCUGCUGAAUCCAUCAAUACUCAAAUGCAAUCAGUAUUUUUUUGGGCGUUGGAUAAACGUAUCCCAAAAAUUCGCAUUCGAACCAGACAGGCUCAGCAUUUGGUAGGAAAGCGUAUUGUAGUUGCCAUGGACUCUUGGGCAAAAAACUCCAGGUAUCCAUCUGGCCACUAUGUUCGUACUCUUGGAGAUGUUGGUGAUCGUGCAACUGAAACCGAAGUGUUGUUGUUGGAGCAUGAUGUACCCUAUGCACCAUUUUCCCCACUUGUGUUGCGAUUUUUACCUGAAGAAGGAGAAUCUUGGGUUGUUAGGGAUGAGGAACAUCUUGAAGGACGUGAGGACUUUCGCACAUGGGAUGUCUGUAGCAUUGAUCCACCUGGAUGCACUGAUAUUGACGAUGCGCUGCAUGCAAAACAAUUACCAAAUGGAAACUACUCUGUAGGAGUUCAUAUUGCUGAUGUGAGUCACUUUGUCAAGCCUGACAACGCCAUGGAUCUCGAGGCUCGACGACGCGGAACCACCGUGUAUUUGGUAGACAAGCGUAUUGAUAUGCUUCCAAGCUUACUUGGAACAAAUCUGUGCUCUUUGAGAUCAAAUGUUGAUCGACUUGCUUUUUCGUGUCUAUGGGAAAUGUCGCCUUUGGCUGAAGUUAUCAGUGUCCGCUUCACCAAAAGUGUCAUUCGAUCAAAAGCAUCUCUCACCUAUGAUGAAGCGCAAGCAAGACUUGAUGAUGUGAAAAUGACGGAUCCUGUAUCUACUGGUAUCAGAAUACUUAAUUCUUUGGCCAAGCAAUUGCGGGCGAAGCGAAUGGCAGCUGGUGCAUUGACUCUUGCCUCACCAGAAGUUCGAUUCAAGAUGCAAAAUGAUUCACAAGAUCCUGUAGAUGUUGAGCUAAAGGAGUUGAAGGAUACAAAUGCCCUUGUUGAAGAAUUUAUGCUUCUCGCAAAUAUCUAUGUUGCUCGCAAAAUAUAUGAUAGUUUUCCCGAGUGUUCAAUGCUGCGUCGCCAUCCCAAACCUCCUGCAACCAACUUUGAAGAUCUAGCCAAAGCACUCGAGCCUCUCAAUAUUGAGUUGGAUCCUACAACAUCAAAGACGCUUGGAGACUCGUUGGAUAAGGCUGUUGUGCCUACUGAUCCCUAUUUUAAUCAGCUUGUGCGUAUUAUGACCACGCGGUGUAUGAUGCAAGCUGUUUACUUUUGUUCUGGAACUGUUGCUCAGCCCGAUUUCUGGCAUUAUGGUCUUUCCACUGAUAUUUAUACGCAUUUCACCUCGCCCAUUCGUCGGUAUGCAGAUUUGGUUGUGCACCGCCUGCUUGCUGCAUGCAUUGGAUAUGAUAAGACAUAUGCAUCUGAGCUAACUGAUAAAUCCAAAGCCAAAGAAAUGAGUGAUGUUCUCAACUAUCGUGGUCGUAUGGCUCAGCAAGCAUCACGAUCUUCUGCAGAGCUUUAUACCAACCUUUAUUUCAAGAGUAAGAGUAUUGUUGCAGAUGCAUAUGUGAUCCGCGUCAUGAAAAAUGGUUGGUCUGUGCUGAUUCCGGCCUAUGGCGUGGAGGGUCUUGUUAACAAGAGAGCAAAGACCAAAGCAACUACAGCCAAAACACCAUCUCCACCUUUGACUGCAAAUCCUAUUAAACUGUUUGAUCGUGUACGUGUACGUGUAUCAGUUGAGGAAGCUGGUGUAGCUCACGCACAACGCAGUAAGUUGGUAUUGAGACUUGUAUCAGAAUCUGAAGCCAUGGACACGACUGCUUAA